CCUGGGUCGUAACGAGGGCUGAAACCGAGCGUAACUGGCACAAAUGGCGCCCGAGCCCGUGGCCAAGAAGAGCCUCUUCCGCAACAAGGCGGCGGCCCCACCCUCGAAUGUCAUUCUUGUCGACGGCAUACCGCUGAGCCGGGACCUCGUCGAAGACCCGAGCUUGAGCGACGCGCCACCCGAAUCCGAGACCGCCUUUCUCGACGCAGAAGCCAUGUUUCGGAAAUAUGACAUUGACCGGUCCGGUGGCAUCGACCUCGACGAGUUCAAGCUGCUCUUGGUGGACCUCCAGAUCGACAUUCCGCCGCCCAAAGUCCAAGUGUACUUUAAAAAGUGCGAUUUGGCGCAAAAAGGAUUCAUCACAUUUGACGAAUUCCGACUGGCGAUGUUUACGUGCGACCCGACGAAUCCGACGCGCACGAACGGCUUUUGCCCGAGCAAAGUGCUCAACCCAAAAGAUCUCUUCGCCAUAUUCGACACGGACGACUCGGGGGAAAUUGGCCGCGACGAGUUUUCAGCAAUCCUGCGCUUUCUCAAGAUCAAAAUGGCGCUGGACCGACAAGAGGCCGUGUUUAGCCAGUUUGAAAACCCCGUGACCGAAGGCCUGACGUACACUGCGUUUCGGUCGCUGUGGCUCACGCUUGUCGACGUUCGAAAAGAGCUCAACAACCGCAGCAUUGCGUACAACAAGCUCCUCUCGCGCGCCAAACUUGCCAAGAAGCUCGAGUCGAUCUUGGACAAGGAAGACGCGCAGGAGCAAUAUACGAUGCUCGAAGCUCAAUGGAACUUCAACUGGGAGCAAAUCAAGGAGCGCCGGGAAAAGCUUCUCACCAACGCCAAACGCUACGCCGAUUACGUCCUGGGGGAGACCCUCGACGCUGCGGGGCAGGUGUAUGUCUUUGGAAAAGGCUCGUUCAACCGCUUUGACGGAGUCCCGGCGGAGCGUGACUUUGUCGAGUGUCCGUACUUUUCGCGGCUGUUGGCGCUUUGGACGAGUCGCGUCCGGGGGGCAGAAGCCUUUGCACCAAAAGCACCGAGUAGCCCCGAGAAGAAGUCGGGGGGCUGGGACUCGCCCAAGCGGAGACCACCAAUCAUCAAGACCGAGCGCAUCGCACGCGACCCGACGCAAACGCAGCAGCUCGCCUUCCACAACCGCGUGGUGGCCAUCAAUACCGCGUGGCUCUGGGGACGGCGCAUCAAGCAGGUCUCGUGCGGGGCGUCGGUGGCCUAUGCUUUGACGGACGCCGGCGAGCUCUAUUGCUGGGGUGGCACCCGUCGCACGUGGGACUACAUUUACUGUCCCGAGCACUCGGCCGAUGUAGCGCAGCAGGUGCCGGGAGGCGCCGCGUCACGACCGUACACGGCGCGUACCGAAAUGCUCAAGCUCAGCGCGCCCCAUCAGCUCGUCGCCGACGAGCACGAGCACUUGAAGAAUUACGUGCGCACCAUGUUUCGAGAGGUUGCCCCGCCCGAGGUGCCGGUCGAGUCGGACGAAGCCGAGCUCCAGCGACUUCUCGUGCUGAUCGACUACUUUGAGCUGUACCCACCCGCCUUGCGCGCCGAAGUGCACCUCGCCAAGGCGCGGGAGCUUCUAGAAUUCAACUUGCGCGCCGACGUCGUUGCCAAUGCGCUGCGGCUGCGCGCGCUGCAGUCGAGCGAAAUGGGAAAAGCCGCCAACGCCACCAAGCUCAGCAAGUGCUUGAUGCUCGAGCUCGAGUGCAUGGGCGAGCCGUUCCAGCGACAAAUGAAGAAGCUCGACCAGCAGCUCUUACGCGCCCUGCACAACAACCAAGAGGCCGCCAUCACCUCGGUUCUCAAGAAGGGCGCGGCGCUCUGGCAGCGCAUGCGGCAACUGGUGACGGCCAUCGACGAGACCGAGACGACAGCAUUUCAAGCCAAGCAAGAUCUCUGGGAUCAAAAGCGCAGCGAAGUCGGGCGGCUUCGGCACAAGCAGGCGCGCAGCGGACAAGAGGGUGUCACAUUGAGCGUACGUGCUGCUUUGCAGCUUGAGAAAACCCUUCAAAUGAGUGGUUUGACAGCGCGAGGGCCGCGUCAAAAGACAUUUUUGGGGCACCAAGCGCUCCAGCAAGUGUCACUGGGCGCCAAACACGCGCUGGCCGUGCACCAGUCCGGGCAACUGUACGGGUGGGGUUUCGGGACUUAUGGGCGUCUCGGGUCUGGCUCCCACGACGACACGACGACGCCAAAGCCUCUUGUUCAUCUGCGGGACAUGCGCUUCCGGUCUGUUGCGUGCGGCUACUCGCACAGUCUUGCCCUUCGCCACGACGGACAGGUGUUUGUGUGGGGCUCCGGUGCCACCGGCAAGCUCGGGCUUGCAUCGCCGACGAACGAACCGCCUGACUGUUUUACGAUUUUACCAUUGCCACUGGCGCUUCCCUCCAAGGUGUCUUCUGUGCGCAAGAUCGCGUGUGGUCCAUCGCACUCGGCAGUCAUCUCGACCAACGGCGAGCUCUACGUCUGGGGCAGCGGCGACGGCGGUCGUCUUGGCCUGGGCGACGGUAACCUCGGCAUCGUGUCGGUGCCGACAAAAGUGGCGGCCUUGCACGACCACCACAUCGUCGACGUGAGCUGUGGCACGGCGCACACGGCCGUCGUGAGCGCCAUCCAGAGCAACGGAGUUCUUAGUUCUGGCGGUCGUGUCUUUGUCGCGGGAAGUGCACAUGCGCUCGGUGUCUUUUGCCCCGCAUUUGUGACGCCGGCGACGCUCGCAUCCGUGCAAGUCACCACACUCGCGUGCGGAAACGCGCACACGGCCGCCGUCUCGAUCGACGGCGAGCUCUUCUCUUGGGGCAACAACGUCGGGGGCUGCACGGGCCACGACGUGAGCCACCGGUUCAUUGCGACACCGUCGCGCGUGCCGUGCAUUUUCCAAUCGCCGAGCAACAUGGCACGGCAUCCCUCCUACGACGUUGUCGCGAUCCAGAGCACCGUAGCCACCGGCUACGGCGCGAGUCUCGCGCUGGACGGCGUCACGGACGGCGCCUACGAAAGCACGUGUUGCCAGACCUUUCGUGAGAUGUGUCCGUUCUGGCAGGUCGACCUCGGCGUCAUGUGCCGCGUCGCCUCGGUGCGCCUUUGGAACCGAACGGGCGCCCCCGGCGACCAGCUGUUCCCAUGCAUCGUGUACAUCGGUCAAGAGCCGUUCGAAGCCGAAGCAGGAAAGCACGCGCUGCGCGAAGCCAAGGCCCACAGCAUCUUCACCAAGUUCAAGCUCGAGACUGCGACCAAUCCGCUCGUGUGGCACCCGCCCGACAACACCAUUGGACGCUACGUGCGCGUGCAGAUCGAUGGCACUUCGAUCCUCAGCCUCGCCCAGGUCGAGGUUUUUGGCACCGAGGAGUGGGUGUACCAGGGUCCGCGCGUGCAGAGUGUGGCGUCCGGUGACGAUAUCCUCGUCGCGAUCUGCCGGCCCACGCAUGCCCAGAGCGAUAUUGACAAGGCCUACCUCCGCGCGCUCUGCGCCGACAGCCGCUUCCAGAGUAUUUUGGACGAAUUUCCAACGUUUGACACGAGCAAAAUGGCGCUGACCGACCUCCGCCGCGCGGCGAGAGACUGCCCGCUCUGCACCGUCCAGCGCGUCUGCCCGCUCUGUCUCUUGUGCAACGAGCUCGACGCCCACGACCACGACUUGGCAUCAGACUACCGUGCAACCCUGUCGCUGGACGAGAUUGGCGACUUCUUGCUGUCGCUGCGCCCGCCCAAGCCCGUCGCGCCGCUCGCGGUCGACGAAGAGAACCGGUUGGCGCGGAUUUACGUUGACGAUGAGAAGCCCGAGUCGGCUCUGCACAAUACCGAAGCCCGCGUCCUCGCCGCCAUGAGCAAAGUCGUGGCGUCGGCCAAAGGCGGUCCGAAACCACAGUCGUUUUUGAGAAAGGCCAUGGACACAAUGGCCACGUCGCGACUCGCGUUUGCAAAGCGCAGGAUGCCCGAGAUGCUCGUUCAGGUCGUCCGGCCGCAAUCGACGCCGAGCCUCGGGACAGGGCUGUAG